UUCUUCCUUUAUCCACGCAGCACAAUCCGGUUACUUUUCACACGCCUUUCCUUUUUUCUCUGCAAAAACCACCACCACCACCGAGUCACACUCUCCGAGUCAUGAACUCGCUCUUCGCUUCUCCGUAGCAAAAACUCCCUUACAACGUAGAAAAGAAAGCCACCGCAUAUUCAUUUGUGAAUUAUGUUUUCCCGUUUUGCCCCUCGCUCGCCUCUCUAUUUCCCAAUUUCUGCCACCCAACCUAAACCCCUAAUCGGCGCCAACCACACUUCAGCUCGAUUCUGCUCUCGAUAAAAGGAAAAGCCAUAAUCUAUCUUCUUUUUCCAUUUUCGUUCCUUUUUGAUUCCGCCAUUUGUUUUUCUUAUUGAUUAUUCUGUGAGAAAAAAGUGCGCUGUUUUACCAUGGAACAGUCCGCAGGCAAGCCUAGUUCUCUCCGGAACUUUCUCGUACGGUUUCUCCUUUUCGGCGUUUUGAUCAUCGGCGUUCGUUUCGCUUACAUCAUCGCCGUCGCUGGCGAGUCUUGCAAUAUCGGCGACUUCUGUUUUUUCUCUCUGCCGCAGACUCUCAGCCUCGUCACCGCCGGCACCGGUCCCCUUGCUGUCGAGUCUGCCUCCGGCGGCGGUUCACUGCAGCCCGAGCUUUACACCAGCAAGGACUGGAUCAAAGGCGUUCGGUUUUACUCUUCCGCUUUUCAGGACCUGAUUGCCGGCGGUUACCUCUCGCCGCAGUCGAAGUCGCUGUGCGUGGAAACGCCGACCGGACGCGACGUCUUCUCGUUGAGGGAGAUCGGCGUGAAAGACGCCGUCGGAAUUGCGAGGAAGGGGGUGAAGCCGCUUGUGAAGUUUGGCCGAGGUGAACGGAUUCCGUUCGGCAAUAGGACCUUCGAUUUCGUGUUCUCCGGCGAGGAUUCGUUCGUGCAGUCGGCGAAGCCGGCGGAUUUCGCGGCGGAGAUCGACCGGACGCUGAAACCUGGAGGGUUCGCAGUGUUCCAUUUUGCAAACCCUAAAGAUACGUAUAGUUUUAAUUCGUUCCUUGAUUUGUUCCAUUGUUUCAGAGUAGUGAAGUUGCAUGGCUUAGAAGGCUUUGAUUCUUCAAUGCCGUAUAUACGUGAAAUUGUUUUGAAAAAAGAGUGUGGUGAUGGUGCUGGUAAAUUUGAUUUUGGUGAUUCAAAUGGAAAAUGUUAUGUUCCUGGUUAUAAGCAUGAUUUGGUUAAGAUUGCCGAGCCUUUGAUAUCGGAGGAGCCUUUAAAGCCUUGGAUUACUUUGAAAAGGAAUGUGAAGAACAUAAAGUACCUUCCUUCAAUGGUUGAUAUAAGCUUUAAGAACAGGUAUUUGUAUGUUGAUGUUGGAGCUAGAAGCUAUGGCUCUAGCAUAGGGUCUUGGUUUAGGAAACAGUAUCCUAAACAGAACAAGACCUUCCAUGUGUAUGCUAUUGAAGCUGACAAGACUUUUCAUCCGGAGUAUGGGUUGAAGAAGGGGAUCACUUUGGUUCCUUACGCUGCAUGGGUGAAGAACGAAACAUUGACGUUUGAGAUUCAUCGUGAUCCUGGGGAGCAUGUCGAGGUUAAAGGCAGGGGGAUGGGUAGGAUUCGGCCUGUGCAGUCUUUGGGGAAGGAGGAGUUUGAUGGCGAAGUGGAGAAGAUUCAGGGAUUUGAUUUUGCUCAAUGGUUGAAGAAGACUGUUACAAAGAACGAUUUUGUUGUGAUGAAGAUGGAUGUUGAGGGUACUGAAUUUGAUCUGAUUCCGAGGUUGUUUAAAACUGGAGCUAUAUGUUUGAUAGAUGAAAUUUUCCUCGAAUGCCAUUACAAUAGAUGGCAGAGGUGUUGUCCUGGGCAGAGGAGUUCUAAGUAUGAGAAAACAUAUGAUCAAUGCUUGCAGCUCUUCAAUUCCCUUAGACAAAGUGGAGUUCUUGUUCAUCAGUGGUGGUAAUUGCCCUACACGAUAGGUGAAAUUCCAUACUCCUUAUGUAACAUUAUUUUCGUUUUUUAAACCUUCUACAUGUUUCUCUCUAAACAUUUUUUCAUCCCUCACUUCUUACCCCCGACUAUAGAGAAGAUUACUAUGUUUCAAAUUUCUUUUCAUGUAACAAUUGCAAUUGAAAUGAAAUCAUUUCUUUAAAUCAAUGGUAUUUGUUGCCGGACUUUUCUUUUUA